UCCCCUUUCCUGCAACAAUACGUGACCUGCCAAUAAUCAUAAGCCCAUUCCCACAGCACUGAUUGUGUGAAAUUGCAGCUUCUGCAUGUGCUUCGAGCGUCUCUUGAUUCGGAAAGGCUACUCUGCUCUCUCCAUUUGAUUCGUUAAUUUCUUUGUAAAUACAUAAGGUGGAAAUUCUUUCUGAUUGGAUUGAAGAGAUGGGUUUCUUUCGGAAUCAGAAUGCGAGAAGUGGGGAUUACUUGGAAGGAAUGCUUAGUGAUUAUGUUGGUGUAAAGUCCAAGUUGAAAGCUCAAAGGAGUUCUUCAUCAACAAAGGUUGUUACUGCGCUCACAUUUCUGCAAUUCGCUUUCGCAGUUUACGCAACAUUCCUGCUCUACUACAUGAGUCCAUCUGUAGAUUUAAGAACCAAACCAGACUUCACAUGGGCUACAAGAAUAGCACAGCAAUGGAAGCAGUUCAUAAUCCCACCACACGUUCUUGGCCGAUACCAAGAAUCUGCUUCCCUAAUCGGCGCUGAAAUCCCAGCCAAUCCAACGGAAGUUUGUGAGCAUGAGAAGAUUGAUUUCCAGCAAAAGAAGUCAAAUGACGCUCAAAUGAUCAAGUUGAAGACAGAGCUAUAUCAGGAGGUAUUAGACUUCCAGAGCAAAAAAUAUGGUGCAGAAACUCUGAAACAAUUGAUGUCAAUGAAAUCAAAGUGGGAUUUGCGCGGUCCGAAUAGACCAAAAGUGACAGUGAUCUUGAACCACUUCAAGAGAAAGACACUUUGUGCACAGCUUGAUUCAUUGCUUCAACAGACUCUUCCAUUCCACCAUGUUUGGGUGAUUGCAUUUGGGAGCCCAAAUGAGGUCUUAUUGAAGAGGAUUGUGGACAGUUAUAAUGAUACAAGAAUCAGUUUUAUUAGUUCAAGCUAUGACUUCAAGUACUAUGGCAGGUUCCAGAUGGCUUUACAGACUGAAGCUGAUCUUGUGUACAUUCUUGAUGAUGACAUGAUUCCAGGCAAGAAAAUGCUGCAAAUUUUAUCACACGUAGCGGGGACCAACAAGUAUAAAAACUCGGUUUUGGGAAGUAUUGGGAGGAUCUUGCCUUUCAGACAAAAGGAUUUCACAUUUCCAAGCUAUAGAAAGUUUAGAUCAAAGGAGGCAGGGCUUUAUCUACCUGACCCUGCCUAUGAUAUCACCAUUGAUAAGAUUGUUCAGGUUGAUUUUCUUUCAAGUUCAUGGUUUUUAUCUGCAGAGCUCGUCAAGACACUUUUUAUUGAGGCACCGUUUACCUUCAUUACUGGUGAAGAUUUGCAUCUCAGCUACCAGCUUCAGAAAUACAGAAAUGCAGGAUCAUUUGUUCUUCCAGUUGAUCCAAAUGACAAGGAAACUUGGGGUGAUAGUGAACACAGACUCGCAUACGUAUCGGAAACCACAGUAAUCUUCAAAGACAUUGUUCAAGUUAGGGAUGAACAGUGGUGGAGGGCACUCUCUAGUGGCUACAUCACACAAUGGGCUGCAAUGAAUCCUCAAAAAAUUGAUGCACUCUUUUAUGCUCACUCUGCUGAUGAAGUCAAAGCACUUGCACCACUCAUUGAGAAGUUCAGAUCAGCUUUUGGCAAGAAGGCUUACAUUGCAGUCCCAGGAGGCAAUUUCUGCCCUUGCGAAGAUGCUGCAACUGCUCUGAAUUGGCCUAAAUUGGUCUGUAAAGAGCGAAGAUUUAAGAUAUUUGAUUUGGCAGUUGGGCAUCUUUCGGGAAUAUCGAACUCGGAAGUACCUGUGGUGCAAGCAGUAUACUCUAGCAUGAAAGGGCUCAUCCAAAUUCACAACCCAAGUGUAGUGAUUGUGGUUGCUGACAUUGAUACUAAUGUGAAGAAAGCUUUGAAGAUGGCUGUGGAGACUAACUCAAACGGAACAACGUUGAUCCUUCUACCAAGGUCUUCUGUGUCAAGGGUUCUUUGGAUGGCUGAUCUAAGAACAACAGCAUUGCCAAAUUGGAACCGGAUGCGUAUUUCUAUCAACAUAAUCACACAAAACCGUGUGCAUUCCUUAACAAGGCUUCUGAAAUCUCUAAGCAAUGCAUACUAUGUUGGUGAUGAGAUUCCUAUCAGUUUCAAUAUGGACAGUAAAGUAGAUGAGGCAACCAUAAAACUAGUAGGCUCAUUUGAGUGGCCUCAUGGUCCUAAAACACUCAAAAGGAGAAUCAUCCAAGGAGGACUAAUUAGAGCAGUUAGUGAGAGUUGGUAUCCAUCAUCUGAUGACGAUUUCGGACUCUUACUCGAAGACGAUAUCGAAGUUUCUCCUUACUACUAUCUAUGGAUCAAGUAUGCUCUCCUAGCCUACCACUAUGAUCCUCAAGUGUCACUCCCCGAAAUCUCUUCCAUCUCUUUAUAUACGCCACGAGUAGUUGAGGUGGUUAAAGAGAGGCCUAAGUGGAAUCCGACAGAAUUCUUCAAGAGAAUUCACCCUAACACACCUUAUCUCCAUCAACUACCUUGCAGUUGGGGUGCAGUUUUCUUCCCCAAGCAAUGGAGAGAAUUCUAUGUGUACAUGAACAUGAGAUUCACUGAAGAUGCCAAGGCAAACCCAGUUCAAAUUCCAAAAUCCAGAACUAAUGGUUGGCAAGCUUCAUGGAAAAAGUUUCUCAUUGACAUGAUGUACUUGAGAGGGUAUGUUAGUCUCUAUCCAAACUUCCCAAACCAGGCUAGCUUCUCUACUAAUCAUAUGGAACCAGGAGCACAUAUUAGUGCAAAAGACAACGUUGUUAAGCAUGACAAGACAGAUUUUGAGGUGCCAUUGUUGAAGGAAGAUUUUAGGACCUUGUUGCCAAAUGGAAAAUUGCCUCCAGCAUCAAAAUUGCCAUCACUGAACUUGUUCAACCAGCCAGUUUCACUCAAAGGGCUUAAAGCAUCAGGAGCUAAGCUGGGGCAGGAUGUGAUCAGAUGCGAUAAUAAAACUGAGAUUGUGAUUGUUGAUCAUAGCACUGGCUUGCCUUCACGCUGCGCCAAAUUCUAAUUCUUGAAAAUUUGUUUUAUUGAUCCUUUUUUUUUUCCUGUAAAAUUUUUCAUAAUUUUUCCUUAUUCAAAUAUGGUUUGUGAAGGAAUUAUGUGGAACAAAUAGUGAGAGACAAAGUUGAUCACUGAUUUCUUUCAUGAUUAUUGGAUUCCCCAUCUAAGAGAGGGGAUGAAGAGUUCUUUGUGCACACUAUGAUUUUACGUUAUUAAAUAUUAUAUGAUGAUAGAAUGGUA